GGUUCCUCUGAGUAUAUAAGCGAUAGAGAACUGCAGUCAAGUUGGGUGACCCCUAUUUUGGCUUUGGUGAACAGGAUCGGACAGUAACUUCAUUUCUUGACUAGUUUGCAGUGUGAGAAACGCAAUCAUGCCUUUCGGAAACACCCACAACAACUUCAAGCUCAACUUCAAAGUUGAGGAUGAGUUCCCCGACCUGUCCAAGCACAACAACCACAUGGCCAAGGUGCUGACCAAGGAGAUCUAUGGCAAGCUGAGAGACAAGCAGACUCCUAGCGGUUACACCCUGGAUGAUGUCAUUCAGACUGGUGUUGAUAAUCCAGGUCACCCCUUCAUCAUGACCGUUGGCUGCGUUGCCGGUGACGAGGAGUCCUACGAGGUCUUCAAGGAUCUGUUGGACCCCAUCAUCUCCGACCGUCAUGGUGGAUACAAGCCCACCGACAAGCACGCCACCGACCUGAACUUCGAGAACCUGAAGGGAGGUGACGACCUGGACCCCAACUACGUUCUGUCCAGCCGUGUGCGUACCGGUCGCAGCAUCAAGGGAUACACCCUUCCCCCCCACAACAGCCGUGGGGAGCGCAGAGCCAUUGAGAAGCUGUCCGUUGAGGCUCUGACCAGCCUGGAUGGUGAGUUCAAGGGAAGGUACUAUCCCCUGAAGUCCAUGACCGAUGCCGAGCAGGACCAGCUGAUCAACGAUCACUUCCUGUUCGACAAGCCCGUCUCCCCCCUGCUGACUUGCGCUGGCAUGGCCCGUGACUGGCCCGACGGCAGAGGCAUCUGGCACAACGAUUCUAAGUCCUUCCUGGUCUGGGUGAACGAGGAGGAUCAUCUCCGUGUGAUCGCCAUGGAGCAGGGUGGCAACAUGAGGGAGGUCUUCAGACGCUUCUGCGUCGGUCUCAAGAGGAUUGAGGAGAUCUUCAAGAAGCACAACCACGGCUUCAUGUGGAACGAGCAUCUCGGCUACGUGCUGACCUGCCCCUCCAACCUGGGAACCGGCCUGCGCGGUGGCGUGCACGUCAAGCUCCCCAAGCUGAGCACACACGCCAAGUUUGAUGAGAUCCUCGGCAGACUGCGUCUGCAGAAGCGUGGAACAGGUGGUGUGGACACCGCCUCCGUCGGUGGAGUGUUCGACAUCUCCAACGCUGACCGUCUGGGCUCCUCCGAGGUUGCCCAGGUGCAGCUGGUUGUGGAUGGCGUGAAGCUGAUGGUGGAGAUGGAGAAGAAGCUGGAGAAGGGAGAGGCCGUCGACAGCAUGAUCCCCGCCCAGAAGUAAAAAAAGAAGGACAAUGUUUCACCUUUUUUUCACUUUUUCUAGUGACCACACCGUGAUGUGUAAUCAAUUGAGCCAAUCCAACUGGCUGGGGGGAGGGGGGGGGGGGUUCCUCUGCCACACCUAGAGACUCUUGACUCUGCUCACCUCUUCCCUCCUCCCCCAACUCCUUCCAUCUCUAUUUUCUCACCAUACUUUCUUUCUUUCAUUUUUUUCCACUUUUUUUUAAUCCUCUCCUGGUCUUCUUUCCUUCCUCUCUCACUCUUUUCACACUUUUCUCUUUCUGGCGGUAACAUCUUGUGAUCCAUUGCGCCGGGCUUGCCUGGCCGAUGUGCCACCCUCUUUUCAUUUUGUUGUAAAAAGUCAACAUUUGUUGAAACUGUUCAAUAAAAAAACACUCCAAGAGAUACUUCCAAACAAA